CCAAAACUUUUAUUAGUUUUUCAUUGUCUUAAUUUUCAUCUCUUUGUCAUGUAAAAAGAAAACACAUAAAAAAAGUGAUCUAUAGAAGCGAGUUUUUAAUACGACAACAUUUUUCAAUGUCUAGAUCUACUAGGAGAGGAGUUUAGGACAAACAGAAAGGCAGUUCUUGCAAAGAUUCCUUAGUUUUAUGAUACUACUGCUUGAAUUUUAUUUAACUACUUGAAGCUGCUUUUCACUAUUGAAACCGACUCUAAACAGAAACAGAAUGUGGCUUUGUCGGUAGAUUGCUUUAUAGUCAGCAAAACCCACUUUCUGUGCUUUCUUUGUGGGAGAAAGCUGUCCAUUUUUUUUUUCUUUUGGGAAGCAAUCCUUUCUGUAACAAAUAAAAGCAAAAACUUUUGUUUUGAGUGUUUGGUGGAAGGGAAAUGUUGUGAAACUGACCUGGGUUGGGGUGGGUUCUUCCUCAUAAUAAUCAAUUCUCAAGUAUUAUUAUUUUUCCCUGACUUUAAAAAAAUACAAGUUGCCUUUCUCUGUUUGGUAACUAAAAACUCUUUUUAGUGAGGGUUUGGUUUUUAGAUUAAUAGGAUAUACGACAGUUCAUUGCCUUGUCACCAAAAACGCGUAGAGUUCCCCAGCUAGAUUUAUUCCCUCUUCAUUGUUUAUGGUUUGCUUAGUGUAGCAACCAGAUCUGGCAUUUGGUUUUGUACGAAACGCUAAACCAAACAUUCUUUGCUGGGAACUUGACCUUCGUUCACUUCCUUGUCUGCUGUCAUCUUUCUAAACUCAAGUGUCUUUGUUUCUGCUUAAGGAUCUGCAAUUUGGAUGUGGUGCUUUUGUUUUUGCUGGAUCUUACACUGACAGUUUGAGUUGUUCACUGCAGGUGAAUUUCAUAGUGGGUUUUGAUUUGAUAAUUAAGUGAAUUGGAAGAAGGUGCUUGCAGUUUUGAGAUCUGUGGGGGUGGGGAGGGGGGAUCUUGUUCUUUGUGAUUGAGUGGGCAACAAUGGGUUGUUGAGUUUGGGAGGGCAUUAAUUAACCUUGUGGGGUGGUAGGAUAUGGCAUCUGGAGCAGGCAGGCGUCGUGGUCAUGAACUGGUGCCUCUGGCAGCAUUAAUAAGCAGAGAGAUGAAGAAUGAGAAGAUGGAGAAGCCAAGUGUGAGAUACGGUCAUGCCGCUCAAUCUAGGAAAGGAGAAGAUUAUUUCUUGGUUAAAACGGAUUGUCAACGAGUGCCUGGCAAUCCUUCAUCUACCUUCUCUGUUUUCGCGAUCUUUGAUGGGCACAACGGUAAUGCUGCAGCAAUUUUUACUAGGGAGCACCUUUUGAGUCAUAUAUUGAGUGCUGUUCCUCGUGGCCUUGGGCGGGAGGAGUGGUUUCAAGCUUUACCUCGAGCAUUAGUUGCCGGAUUUGUGAAGACCGACAAGGAAUUUCAGAGUAGAGGUGAAACAUCGGGUACUACUGCUACAUUUGUAAUAAUUGAUGCAUGGACAGUGACUGUUGCUUCUGUUGGGGAUUCUCGUUGCAUUUUAGAUACUCAGGGUGGUGGAAUCUCUACCUUAACCGUUGAUCACAGACUUGAAGAGAAUGUGGAAGAGAGGGAACGCGUCACUGCUAGUGGGGGUGAAGUUGGGAGGCUUAGCAUUGCUGGUGGUGCCGAGAUUGGUCCUCUCCGAUGUUGGCCAGGAGGUUUAUGCCUGUCUAGGUCAAUAGGAGAUAUGGAUGUUGGAGAGUUUAUAGUUCCCAUACCUUAUGUAAAGCAAGUAAAGCUGUCAAACGCUGGUGGGAGGCUUAUAAUUGCUUCGGAUGGUAUUUGGGAUGCCCUAUCAUCAGAAAUGGCUGCAAAAUCUUGCCGUGGAUUGCCAGCUGAACUUGCUGCUAGACAAGUUGUUAAGGAAGCAUUAAGGACACGAGGGUUAAAGGAUGACACAACCUGCAUUGUUGUCGACAUAAUUCCUCCUGAGAAUUCACCACCGCCUUCUCCUCUUCCCAAAAAGCCUAACAAACUGAGAUCUUUCUUAUUCAGGAAGAGCUCUCGUGAUUCUGCCAAUAAACUAUCAAAGAAGCUUUCAGCUGUUGGUAUAGUUGAAGAGCUGUUUGAAGAAGGCUCAGCAAUGCUUGCCGAAAGACUAGGAAAUGAUGAGGGUGCAGGGCAAACAACAUCUGGGAUAUUCACAUGUGGUGUAUGCCAAGUCGACCUAGCUCCAAGUGAAGGCAUCUCAGUUCAUGCAGGUUCCAUAUUCUCGACCAGCUCAAAGCCCUGGCAAGGGCCCUUCCUUUGUGCUGCUUGCCGUAAUAAAAAGGAUGCCAUGGAAGGAAAACGUCCCAGUGGAGUAAAAGUGGCUUAGCUUUUCUAUUAUUAUAAUAUAUAUUUGCCACCUUGUUCUUCAAUUCUAAUUCUUUGAUAGCAAUCCUUUUUUUUUUCCUAGGUUAGGCAAUUGUUUUAGUCCUAUAUUAUGUGCAAAUGUAUAUGUAUUCCCACUUAAUAAUUUAUAAUCUAAUAAUAUAUAUAUAAUAAAAGCAUGGAUGCAAAAAUUCUUUGUUGAAA